GCAGAUUUCGCUUUCGUUCCCACGCAAACGCUUACACAUCAAGCUUUCACUGCAACACAUCUAUGAAUCAUCCACUGCAUGUGCACAUCUACCAUCGAAUACGCCGUUGCAGUGAAUAACUAACCUUUUACACUCACAUCUGUGGGCAUUUCUGAGCGUAUCCUGGAAACUGGUGCACACAUCUGUUCGCCUGAAUGAUGUCAGCAGAUAAUAAACGCCGAAGCAAUACAGUUGAAGUUGUACUCCCCCAACGAAGUCAGAAAAAGAGAAGGCCAUCACAUACUGUCCCAUCUCCAUGUCCCCCAGGAAAUAGCUCAUCUGCCAGAACGCAUACUUCUCCCACUGGGUUUGGGUCACCUUCACCCUUUCCAGCCCGACCAUGCACUCCAUUCUCACCAGCUGGAUCUCUCGCACCAUCAUCAUCUUCUGCAUCCGGAUCACACAUCUCAGUUUUAUCCUCAUCAGAAUCACUCAUGGAUGGUGCGGUAUCAGUCGGCAGUGGGUCUCUAUACGAGGACAGUGCAAGCUCAGACUCUGGGGACGACGCUGAAAAUGACCUUAGUGAUGAAGAACAAGCUGCAUCCAGAUUGCAACCUUUUAAGCGCCUCAGUCAACUUCCUAAAGGUUCUCAGCGGACCAUUAUGGCUUCUCUACAGCGUGAAGUGGAAGAUGUGGAUGCAUGGUCUGUCACAGUCUCACCAGAGUACUACUUGAAGAACUUUUGCACCGCUCAGACACUUAUAAUGCUGAAAGCUAAUCGCGGCAAUAAGAUCAAAGACAAUCAAAGGUUUGCUGGGUGGAUUACAUUGGGAUACGCAGGGUCCAGAAUGUCAAUUGAUGGGAAGUUUAAGACGCCCCUUUUCAAAGAACUCAAGCGAUGGAGAACGAUUCAGGAGUCUCGUCAUAAAGGCAGUGCAACUUAUGGCAACGCACUUUUCGCCAUGCCGGUUUUGCUACAUUGCUUGAGAAAGAUUGAAUGUGAGGAAAUCAGGAUACAAGCUUAUGGCCAAAAACUCCCUCUCCUGCCUCAAUUCAUUAUCGGUGAACCAGCCCAAGUCAGUCACCCGUUGGCAGAGCUAAACGAGUGGGAUAUUGGAGUCACUACACGAUCGACGAACAUCUUCCUCUUCCGGGCCCCAGGUUCAAUCCCUUCAGGGAUGACAGUCUAUCCGAUGGUUAUUCCAAGGUCGAUGGAUUUUGGAUCUGUGAACAUCGAAUUGCGAUACCAUGGCGAGGACUACAAGGUCAAGAUCUACCCGUGUUUAGUACAUGUGCUCAAAUCCUUCAACAGCGGUCUUCAUGCAAACGAUCCAAAUAUCACUCAAACCCUGAAAGAUAGGAGAUCAACUAUAGGGUCUAUGAUUGAUAACCUCGCCAAACUUGACCCAGAAGAGCUAGGCGGAUUCAGGAUAGAAGUCAGGUUGAAAGCUCGGAGCCUGAAAGAGGCCCGAGAAAAGGCGCAGAAUCUGCCUUUCUUCGAUAUCAAACGAUGGUUGAAUCCGACCGACGACCAGAUGAAGCGCUUCAAACUUGAAGCAGUCGUAAUCACCAAGGAGGACUUGAUCCGGAAUGUGGUCCAGAUGCUCGCGAUUGCAAACUCGAGGGACGUCUGGUCUGGGGCAAACCAAGGCAAGGUUUCGAGUUUCAGACAGCAGGUUGUGACGGAUCUUUUUGCAGCCUUGGGUUGGAAUGCUGGGAGAAGACGCCCCACAUGUUCACACAAAGCUGGGGCUUGGUGGCGAGAACCAGAUGAUGGAGGCAAAAAAACUGCUUGGGAGAUUAUUCUGGGUCACUUGACAGCGAAAUAUUCAUCCAGUGCUUCACUUCGCAGGCUGUUUGACCUCAUGAAGGAGCAUAUCACAAAUGGGGUACUGCCAUGCCAAAAAAAUAGCCGUGGUGUCUAUCAAGCAUAUGCCGACAGAUCUCGUUUCCGCUUAAGGUGUAAUGAUCUAUCUUGCCGACACAUCUUAUCACAGUUUCAAGUCCUGGAAUAUUUCUCUCAACUGAUUCUUCAAGGUGCUGUUCCGUAUACCGUUAUAGGCUUACCCCCUAAUACCUUUGCCUACCGAAUACCUACCUCAAAGGAUCCUAUCACUGCAGGACGGAAUGUAGCGAUUCAGCCACAAGGUGCUCCGGCAACAGAACCCGUGGUAUGUCAACUUCAUAUAUCCAAUUGCAACUUAACUUAUCACUUUUAUAGGCUGUUCCCUCAGCCACUCAAUUGUACGAUGUAAGGGACAUGCGUGAGGGAUCAUUUGAAUAUGAGAACCUACCUGUAUUAAGAAGUCCAAGUCCGACAACAGCACUGGUCAAUUCAAUUCUUCAAGAGGUAAAUGCCCAGUGGCCUUCUCAUGAACAGGUCGUAGAACUUUUUAAAAUAAUGAAGAGUCAGUUCAAGGGGAACUUCUUGCCCUGUCAGGUUAACAAGGACGACCCCAAGCAUCGGUACCAUUCUGCUGGAGGCAGGGAACGAUUCCGUCUGAGAUGUGCUGUCUGUAGACAUACUCUCACUGAACAAGAGGCCUUGCGCUACUUUGCUCAAUUGGUUCAUGAUGGGGCAGUGGAUCGCUCAGCGAUCGGCCUGACUCCGACCGUAGCUAUGACUAAUAACCCUUCAGAAGAACCUGAGCUGGCAACAGUACAAGCCGAGAAUAUGGGUACAUCGACAGCCUCUGGAGGCUGCGUUGUAGAAGCAAUUAAACAAUUUCCUACUCGUUUUUCCUUUAACCCUGAGCAAAUUGUGCCCCUGUCAAUUCAACCACGGAUGGCACAUACCAACUGGACUGAGGGCGAUGGCAACUGCCAAUUCAGAGCAUUCGCUAUGGCUUUGGAUGGUGGCAUGACAUCGUACCAUGAAGUCAGGAGGAGGGUUGUUGCUGGCUUGAGGGAACCGGUAUACAGCCAUCACUACCGUGGCCGGUUCAGCGACCUAGUGCAGUACCACAGGUAUGUUGAUCGAAUAGAACAUGAUCAUGAGUGGGGUGACGACAUAACCUUGCACAUGAUGGGCGUGCUGUGGAGGGUCAAUAUUGCUGUGCUUAGACCCAAUGGAGAAGGGGGUUAUAAUUGGAAUAAGGUAUAUGAGUCUGGUGAAGAAGAUUCAUACUUGUGUUUGUAUUUUAUUAAUGAGAAUCAUUAUGAGAAUUUGAUAUUGUUAAACGAAAAAGAUUAAUAGCUUCGUAUAUUAAACAGAG